CCAAAUCACCAAACUUUAAUAUUUUUCACUUAAUAAAUAAAGGGUUUGUAUGUUCUCUAUAUCCAACAUUAUGUAUUAUUCUAACUGAUCUUUUUUGUAACGAAUGUAGCGCACAUUUCCUGGUAACUAAUUUGGAUUUAUGAAAAUGCAAUUCUAUUAAUAAUUCAAUUACUUUUCGCGUUAAGUAACUAGUCAAUAUUAAAGUUUAAUAUAAUAUAAUAAUAUAAAGUUGAAACGGUCUUCCGUUUGUCAUUGAAAUGGCGCCCUCUUGUGGCCACAAGUACGUGUCACGCACAGUCAUGAGACGCAGGUGUAACGUGCACAGCUACCACGUUAGAAACCGUAAGGUCAUACCUUCAAUAUAAAAGCUGAAAUUAACCUACGAGUACUAAUACAUGACACGUGUUAUUGACAAUCACCUUUCUAAUCACUAAAAAAAAACUAUUUUGAUGAUUUAAUGACUUAAAAUUAGAUUUCAUAAUUGUCUGUUUUAGGACGUGACUUCACUGUACCGAAUUAAGUGAUCGGUUCAAGUAUGCGGUUUUAUUUUGAAGUCCCGUAAAGCGGAAAUGUUCGCGCUUGACACACCGGGGUGUCAUCAUGAUGAUGCUGGAGUACCGGCGCAGUCACACUAGCGCCUUCCAAAAAAAGACAUGAAAGUUGUCUCCUCGUCAUGUAACUGGGAUUUUUGCAAGUAUUAUCGCGGAUUUAUAUUCAAGCUGACAUUAUGUUGACGGACGUGAGCCUGGACGAAGAGUUUGAGCUGAAGGAGGAGGAGCCCUGGUACGACAAGCAAGACCUGGAACGCGACCUUCAGCUGGCUGCUGAGCUGGGCAAGUCCUUGCUGGAGAGGAACCAUGAGCUGGAACAAAGUCUGCAGCAGAUGUGCGCCAACAACCAGGAACAAGUGCAGGAGAUUGAGCACCUGAGCAAGCAGGUGGACCUCCUGAGGCAGGUGAACGACCAGCACGCCAAAGUCUACGAGCAGCUGGACGUGGUGGCCCGGGAGCUGGAGCAGAGCAACCGCAAGCUGACUCAGGACCACAGGGCGUCCCAGCAGAAGAUCCACAGGCUGACAGAGACGGUGGAGCAGCUGCAGGCGCAGGUGGAGGAGCUGCAGCAUCAGCUGGAGGAGGUGAAGCUGGGACCUUCUCUGCUGGCUCAGGAAGGACAAUGGAGGACACGCAGAGCUCAGAGUGUGAGCUGCCUGGAGGAGCUGCAAAGGCCCCCAGAGGAACCUUGCGGGGACCAGGAGUGCUGCGGCGUGCAGCGAUGGCACGAGGAUCAGCAAGCGUCGCUGCGGCACACUCUGCGCCGCCUCCAGACUCAGUAUGCCGGUGAACGCACCCGUCGGGAGGAGGCGGAGCGAGAGGCGGGGCUCCUAAAUCGGGAGAAUGCGGCGCUCGAGCAGCAGCUGGCCGGGAUGGAAAGGUGCAAAGUGCGAGUGUCGGAGUUGGAGCGCGAGGCGGAGGAGCUGCGUGGCCUCUGGAAGUCUCGAUCCUUCGCCAGGUGCGACUCGGAAGAGGAGGAAGAGAUGAGCCGGCGUCCUUUCAAGCGCUGGGCCAGCGAGCGUCUGCUGAAGGCGCACGACUCCGCCAGGGAGCACGAGUACUGCUGCGCCAGGAGAGCUCAGGUGGUCAAACAGCGCGGCAUCUCGCUGCUCAACGAGGUGGACGCCCAGUACAGCGCCCUGCAGGUGAAGUAUGACCAGCUGCUGGGACGCCUCGGCCAGCAGCGUCACCAUGACGACCAGGAGGAGGAGGAGGAAGAGUGUGUGAGUCCCAAGGAGGUGCAGACUCUCACCGUGGACUCACUCACCAAGGACUCUCUCACCGUGGACUCUCUCACCGUGGACUCUCUCACCGUGGACUCCCUCACCGUGGACUCUCUCACCGUGGACUCUCUCACCGUGGACUCCCUCACCGUGGACUCUCUCACCGUGGACUCUCUCACCAAGGAUGACCACGUCCAUCAGCCCGAGUACAAACUACUUUUUAGGGAGAUUUUCUCUCGCCUCAAUAAAACCAAAGAGGACCUGGUUGAAAACAGGAUGAGACGUCCUGCAGGCCAAGUGGCGUCACUGCGGUCAUGUGACUCCUAAUACACUUUAUUAUUAUUACGUCUCUCUACCUCCAUGCAGAGGAACAUGCAUGCUGCUUCCUGAAAUAUGCAACUUACUAACUUAGCAAUUUUAGUAACAAAAAAAAAAGUUGUAAUGAAGUAACUUGAACAUUUGUGAUUGUGAAGAAAGGACAAAAGAAUUGUCUCUAAAUGUAAUAUUCCACUAAUUCUUCUUCUUCUGGUGCACCUGCUCUACUUGACUUUGUCAUCUUCACACCUAAACACUUUUUACACUAACUUUCAUCACCUCUCAUUCUUCAUGAAAUAUUAAACAUG